AUGCCCCUGGCCUUACCCGCUGGAAUUGAGAAGCGGAUGUCCUCGCACCUCGGGCAGGCUGUGCUCGACGACCUCCUCAUCCCGUCCUCCUCGCUGGACGCCGGCAUGACGUUCGACGUCGACGCGGUGCAGAGGAUCCUGGCCGGGUACCUUGAGCACGAGAGCGAGGCGGCCCAGCUGGACUACAACACCGACGACGACUUCAUCUCAGCGGCGUCGCCACCCAACGAUGUCGGCAUGAUCGGCAGGCUCAUGGAGGCGUACCUGGCUGAGAUCGCAUCGGACACGAACCUGCCCAUCGACAAGUUCACCGGACAGCAUGUACCGCGCCAUCGACAUGUACCUCAAGGCGCAUCCGCAUCUGAGCGAGCCGGAGAGGAAGAAGGUGUGCAAGGCGAUGGACUGCCAGAAGCUGUAGAACGACCGGCUGCCGGUACAGACGAUGGUUCAGGUCCUGUACCACGAGCAGCGGCGCCUGCGCGAGGCGCCCACCCAAGCGCCGAGCGGCGCGUCGUCGUUCCGGCGCCCACCCACGGCGGCGAGUCCCCGCCCCCGUCGUUGCCGUACAAGCCGACGCCGAGCCUCAUGGGCCGGCACACUCGGGGCGGCGCCGCGCCGGCGGACGAGGUGUCACAGCUGCAGCGGGAGAACGACGAGCUCAAGAUGGAGCUGCUGCGGCUGAAGAUGCGCCUGAGGGGACCCGUCCGCGCCGCUCCCUCCGACUGGCGGCUUUGUAUGGGAGUCAUUUCGCAGGGUGAUUCCAGCGUGGAGGGGUGAUUUUUCGCAUGGUACGGUGAUUCCAGCGUGGAGGGGUAAUUUGACGUGCCACGUCAGAGAAAAUGGCA